AAAAUCUUCUAACACACAUCAUCAAGAAAAACAACAUUGUUUUUAGCCCUUCUUAUCUCUCCGCUCCCAAAUAUCCUGUUUCUUCGAGUUGCGGUCACCAGGACCAAUAGAAACCUCUUCCUGCUAUUGGCUGACUUCAUUUCCCAACGUUAGCACAAUCUCAUCCGUUCCAAACACCGCCAGCAAACCUCAACACUUGCCUGCUCUCCACAAAAAAAAAAAGUUGGGACCGCUUUAUUUACACCAGGACUCGAUCAAUAGUCCUGAUCGAGAAUGGCCAGUACCAUAAAGGAAGCACUGUCAGUGGUGAGUGAAGACCAGUCGCUGUUCGAGUGUGCCUACGGAACGCCACAUCUUCCCAAGACGGAGAUGACCGCGUCCUCCUCCAGUGAGUACGGGCAGACGGCAAAGAUGAGCCCCCGCGUCCCCCAGCAGGACUGGCUGUCCCAGCCUGCUCGCGUCACGAUCAAGAUGGAAUGCAACACCAGCCAGGUCAAUGGCUCCAGAAGUUCUCCGGAUGGCUGUGGCCUGGUGAAGGCAGGCAAGCUGGCCAGUGGCUCCGACGGUGGUCCGAUGAGUUACGGCAGCUACAUGGAGGACAAACACAUCCCCCCCCCCAACAUGACGACCAACGAGCGCAGAGUCAUUGUGCCCGCAGAAAGAAGUGAUCGUGGAAUUGACACUUCUCAUCGCGUUUUGCGCCUGUAUCCCACGCUGUGGACGACGGAGCACGUGAGACAGUGGCUGGAGUGGGCGGUGAAGGAGUAUGUCCUUCUGGAUGUGGACGUCUCCUUGUUCCAGAACAUCGAUGGGAAGGAGCUCUGCAAAAUGAGCAAAGAAGACUUCCAGAGGCUGACCCCCAGCUACAACGCAGAGAUCCUCCUGUCCCACCUCCACUACCUCAGAGAGACUCCACUUCCCCACUUGACUUCAGAUGAUGUUGACAAAGCCUUGCAAAACUCCCCUCGGUUAAUGCAUGCACGUAACACAGGAGGCGCAACGUUCAUCUUCCCCAACACCUCUGUGUACCCAGAUGCAGCACCCCGGGUGUCGACUCGGCCAGACAUAGCCUAUGAAGCAGCUAGGAGGUCAGGAUGGACUCCCCAAGCUGUAUCUUCUUCCAAGGGCACCCAGCCCUCAUCGUCAGUAGUCACCAAAAAUGAAGAGCAAAGACCACAGCUAGAUCCCUAUCAAAUACUUGGGCCGACAAGCAGCAGACUGGCAAACCCAGGGAGCGGACAGAUCCAGCUGUGGCAGUUCCUCCUGGAGCUCCUGUCGGACAGCUCCAACUCCAACUGCAUCACCUGGGAGGGCACCAACGGGGAGUUCAAGAUGACCGACCCGGACGAGGUGGCCCGGCGCUGGGGGGAGAGGAAGAGCAAGCCCAACAUGAACUACGACAAGCUGAGCCGGGCCCUGCGCUACUACUACGACAAGAACAUCAUGACCAAGGUGCACGGCAAGCGCUACGCCUACAAGUUUGAUUUCCACGGCAUCGCCCAGGCCCUGCAGCCCCACCCCCCAGAGUCGUCCAUGUACAAGUACCCCUCGGACUUGUCCUACAUGAGCUCGUACCACGCGCACCAGCAGAAGAUGAACUUUGUGGCUCCCCACCCUCCUGCCCUCCCUGUCACUUCCUCCAGCUUCUUCGCCGCCCCCAGUCCUUACUGGAAUUCCCCCACUGGGACCAUUUACCCCAACAGCCGGCACCCAGCCGCCCACAUGCCCUCGCACCUGGGCACUUACUAUUAGACAGAUCGCUGGCCCGCAUCUUCCUAUUCAGGAAGAAAUAAUGAGGGAAGUGAGAGAAAACAGGACAUUUGUUUGCAAAUGCGAAGUCAAAGAUAUAUAGAACCUAAUGAAACCCCCCAAAAAAAGAAAAGUAACAAAGCAGAAACAUGAAGGGAUUUGUGGAAAGUGUGAAUUGGUAUGAAGGGAUGAAAGGAUGAUUCAAGAACUGAGAGAGCGAAAGAGUUCUAGAUACUGGAAGAAGAAAAGCAGGUUGCUGGGAGCUGCAGUAUGGCUGACUGUCAAGGGCAAGUUGCAGGUGGUCAUUGUAGAUAAAUGCUGGGAAGGCAAUAGAAGACGUAACUUUAUACCUUCUUAUUAAAGGUAAUGAACAUACUACAGGAAAUACACAAUAACUGCAUGAAAAGUUAGCAAAUAUAUAUAUAUGAAUAAAGUAUUAAACUACCUUAUUUAAUGAAGCAAACAUAUCAGACUAUAGACUAAAGACUAUAGAAGUGUGUGGAAAAGUCAGGCAUAGCACAAACACGCAAUGGUGUAAAUUAAAAAAAGAACAAAGACUCCCAGCCUUCUGGGAAAGGUGCAGGAGAAAGGGAAGGUGUUAUCUGUAGCAAACUGUGAAAUAAGCGUGUGAGCAUCGGGAAGGACUCGAGCUGAAGGAGUGGACUUCAGGACAGACGCUUGUGAGAAAAGGGAUAAUGCCAAAGCAAGGGAAUAGCAGAGGAGAAUGGAAUGGAUCCGGCUUAAAUCCCGAAACACUGUCCUGAAAACAGCAAGUCCUGUAUCACUGAGAGGACAAUGAAGUAUUAGUCCUUUGGAUACACGCUGCCAGUUCUAACAGUAUUUUUACUGCACAGUGGUGCACAAGCCAUUAUUGAAGGUAAAGGAGGUUAUAAGGAAAACCUUUUUACUUGACUGUUUUUUUUAAAGGGAAUACCUUGAAAACAUAAUGCAUCUCUGUUAUUUGGAAAACUGGAAUUAUGAAGAUUUUUAAAUGUAUUAAAUAGGACCUCAAAUCCUUUUUUGGGGGGGAGUUUUCUUGACCUGUUUCUGAAUAUAGAAACUCUUUAUACUGCCAAAGAGAUUUCAUAAAAGUAUCUGUUUUUUAUGACUUUUUUUUUUCUGAGUCGCGAACGCUGUGCGUUUGUUAGAUCGAAGUAUCCAAUUCAGUGUUAUUUUUUUCUUUUUAUAUUAUAAAUAUGUAACUUAUGCAUUUAUACACUACGAGUUGAUCUCAGCCAGCCAAAGACACAGACUUUAAAAAUAUGAAAUAAGAAAUACGGGAAGAACUAAAAAAGACAUAAAUGGGGAAAAAAACCAAACGGCAAACCAUUUGUGGCCUUGGCAUUUUUAAACUCUGUAAGCUUUUGUUUACAAUUCAAACUCUAAGUGCGUAGGAAAAGCUGAGUAUAUGUAAUGAAAACCUGAGUUUGGCCUGGCAUGGCAUUUCAGAGCUUUUCUGUAUUUUAGCGCUAGAGGUUAAGGGUGGGUUAGGGGUACACAGAGAAUCUUUAAAACCAGGGAAAAUGGAUGGGUUGUAAUGAGGCUGGUCAAAAGGGAAGGGUACAUAGAAAACAUUUUACUACGGUAAAUUAUAUGUUUUUCUAUUGUGUAAUUCAAAUAAAGUAUUUUUAAACUACA